AUUGAAUUGCUCGGAGAAAUAUCCACUUGCUGCAGGAUUCAGUACAGGCCGUGUCACGCCGACUCGACAGCGGCAUCACUGCCUGACCGACGCCGGACUGACGUAGGCGAACCUCGGCAUCGGAAGACCGCUUAUCUCUGCGAUCGCCUCCCCAGAGUCGCCUCAUCUAUGGGGUUCUGGAACCUUUUCUUCCCCCCGUCCUUUGCUCAGCCUUUAUAACCUUCGACUCCUCCCCCCUCUUUUGUUUCCCUGUGGAUCCCCUCUACACCCCCUCACGUCCCCCAGCAUCGAUCAAAACACCAUCUUUCCUUUUUAUUACAGCCCUUUAUCAAUCUCUCGCACAGGCGUGGUAGACUGAGAUGGGCUCCAACAACGCCAGGACUACCAAGCUAUCCUUGGUGCCGCUCCCCAAAGGCUCGGUUCUGCUCCCGGGAGCUACACUGCGCAUUCCUGUCGCCAAUCGCCCCGAUCUUUCCAAUCUUCUGUCGUCGCUCCUGGAUCGGACGCCACCGGGAAAGCGUGAUGGAAACACCAUCGCGUUUGGAUGUGUUCCUCUUGGCUCUCCGUUCCUAAGCAAAGAUGGCCAACAUCUCAUCGACGACGGAAGUUUGGAUGAUGAGAAGAAGGAGGAAUAUGACAUGGUUGAUGCUGGCCAGGCCAGAAAGGAAGACCUCUUCCGAUACGGUACCGUUGGAAAGGUGGUUGGCGUCCAGCGCCGCGCCUAUUCCGAGGCGUCGCUAGUGGUCCAGGGAGUCCAGCGCUUCACUAUAAGACGGGUCACUCGGGAAAGACCCUUUUUCGAAGCAGAGGCAAUUCUCUAUGAUGACAAGGAUUCCAUUACAAACGAUGCAGAAACCGCCGAAUCGUUCCAGCAGUUAAGGCAGCUUUCGCGCGAACUUCUUACUUUGCUACGCCUUUCCUCGCUACUGCCUUCCCCAUCAACUCGCCUGUCGCCUUUGAUUGCCCGGAAAUUCGAGCUGUUUAUUUCCAAAACCGACCUUUCCCAGGCCGGCAGACUCGCGGAUUUCAUGGCCGAUAUUGCUGACUCAAGCUUCGAAGAAAAGCUCCGGGUUCUCUCGUCGUUGGACUUGAGAACCAGGUUGGAAAGGGUGGUCGAAAUGCUCGGCAGACAAGUCCAGAACAUCAAGAGCACCGUCAAAGUAACCACCUUCUCGACGAAUAGCUUCCCUCAAUCCGGAUUCGACAUCAAUCAGAUCGAUCCACGUGACCGAGAGCUUCUGGCGAGGCGAGCCAUGGCAGGUCUUACCGGCAUGACGCCUCCAGGAACGGCGGCGAGUGGAAGGAACGGCGACAGUGAUGAGAAAGAGACGAACGAAGUUGAUGAACUCCAGCAGAAGCUGCAAGAGGCUGAGCUCAGCCCCGAAGCUCGGAAGAUUGCGGACAAAGAACUACGACGUCUUCGGAAGAUGAACCCAGCAAACGCGGAAUACGGGGUAUGCCGGACGUACCUGGAGAACAUUGCGGACAUUCCAUGGACCAAAGUCACCGAAGACCAACUUGGACCCGAAACUCUGAAGAGGGCCAGACAGCAGCUGGACGAUGAUCAUUACGGACUGGAAAAGAUUAAGAAGAGACUCCUUGAGUACUUGGCUGUGUUGAGACUCAAGCAGUCAACUAAUCAGGAUGUCGAACGGCAAAUUGCUGCGCUGACAAAGGACCUUGAGGAGGCGGACGGGGGAGACCUCGAAAAGGCACCCCCGACCCUCUCAGAGGCAGACCGUGUCGCCGUUGAAGCGAAACUGCAUCUUUUGAAGUCUAGGCGUAUGACCGACAAGUCGCCGAUCCUGUUGCUUGUUGGUCCUCCUGGCACUGGAAAGACCAGUCUCGCAAGGUCCGUGGCCACUUCGCUUGGACGCAAGUUCCAUAGAAUCUCCCUGGGUGGUGUUCGUGAUGAAGCUGAGAUUAGAGGUCAUCGGAGGACCUACGUUGCGGCCAUGCCGGGCUUGAUCGUCGGCGGCUUGAAGAAAGUGGGCGUUGCAAACCCGGUGUUCUUGCUUGACGAAAUCGACAAAGUCGGUGGUGCCAACUUCCAAGGCGAUCCAUCUGCAGCUAUGCUUGAGGUCUUGGACCCUGAACAGAACCAUUCCUUCUCCGACCAUUAUAUCAACAUUCCUAUCGAUUUGAGCAAGGUGCUCUUCAUCGCCACUGCCAACUCGCUUGAUACUAUUCCUGCUCCCUUGCUCGAUCGUAUGGAGACAAUUACGCUGUCUGGCUACACUACGGUCGAGAAACGACACAUUUCUAAGAGACAUUUGAUUCCUAAGCAGGUGAGGUCUAACGGACUCUCGGACGGCCAGGUGGUCCUUUCCGAUGAUGUUAUCGACAAAACGAUUACUUCUUACACGCGCGAGUCCGGAGUGCGCAACCUGGAACGCGAGCUUGGCUCAAUCUGCCGCCAUAAGGCCGUUCAGUACGCAGAUGCAGGGGAUGCGGGCCGUACUGAAACCUACAACCCCGUUGUUACUCUUGAUGAUCUGGAAGAGAUCCUCGGAAUCGAGAGAUUUGAUGAAGAGAUCGCCGAGAAGCAUGGUCGCCCGGGUGUUGUCACCGGCCUCGUCGCCUAUUCCACCGGAGGACAAGGCAGUAUCUUGUUCAUCGAGGUUGCGGACAUGCCAGGAAACGGCCGUGUACAACUUACCGGAAAGCUGGGCGACGUUCUGAAGGAGAGUGUGGAAGUGGCUCUCACAUGGGUCAAGGCACACUCCUAUGAGCUCGGACUGACUCCCGAUCCCAACGAGGACAUCAUGAAGAGCCGGAGUCUGCAUGUCCACUGCCCAUCGGGAGCUAUCCCGAAGGACGGCCCGUCUGCGGGACUCGCACACACCAUCGGGUUGAUCUCGUUGUUCGCCGGUAAGGCUGUUCCUCCCCAGCUUGCAAUGACCGGUGAGGUCUCGCUUCGAGGAAGAGUCAUGCCUGUCGGCGGUAUCAAGGAGAAGCUUAUCGGGGCACUGCGCGCAGGCGUCAAGACCGUUCUCUUGCCCUACCAGAACCGCAAGGAUGUCAAGGACGUUCCGCAGGAAGUCAGUGAUGGCCUUGAGAUUAUAUCCCGUGUUGAUCGAAACUAACCCGAUGACAGGCACAUUUGGGAGGCCAUCCAACAGGUGUGGCCCGAUGCUCACUGGCCCGGCCAACACCACGUAAACUUCGUUGAGAGCCGCCUGUAAUCUCCCCUCAUUCUUUUCAUAGUGCUCUUCUGUGUUUCCUAAAUUGGUCUCUGCUGUGUCCUUUGUCUUUUUCGUGUUCGAAACUCUCGUCUUUCUUUCAGCGCAGCGCACUCGUUUCUUGUUCGUGGGUUUUGCAUAGCGUCUGAUGGAACCCAUUUGGCCUGGUGUUCAUUCCAGUACGUGAAUAUAAUGGUCGACUGCAUGUACCUGGCAUCAGUCUCGAUAGCUGUAAAUAGCUCUCUUCUCUUUUGCUUCAAUGAAUUCAACACAGACGGUGAAUCUAGUUA